UCUUCUUCUUCCAAACUGACAAUGGCUCUCUCGAUCCAACACGAACCCUUCCCCCAUUUCCCCUAAACCCCAAACCGCUCAUCGUCUCCCUCAAAUCAAACCCUAAUUUUCGACCUAAGAUUCGUGACUAUAUACUCGCCUCCACACAACACUCGUAGCAAAAAUGUCGUGGCUGAGAUCGGCGGUGAACAAAGCCGUGGAGGUUGGGAACAACAACAACCUCACCCGCACCGUCAAGAACUACGCUGAUUCCGUCGUCCAGCAGGCCGGCCACGCAGUCGCCGAAGGCGCCAAGCGCUUCCAGGACCGUCUGGGCAAUCGGAGCUUUCGGAGUGUGAAGAAGAGUGUUCAGAGGUUGGAGGAGGCAGCUGUGACGUGUAGAGGACCGGAGAGGGCUGAGAUACUGAGGCGGUGGGUGGUUCUGCUCAAGGAGGUGGAGAGGCUGAAGCUUUCUCAGGUGGAAGUGAAGGAAAGCGCUGCGGCGGAGCAGGGCAGUGGCGGUGGCGGUGCUUCGGAGGAUGUUAGUGAUAUUAGGAAGAAGAUUUCGAUGGUUUUGUAUUACGACUCUGAUGCUGGCGGUGAGCCUAUGAAUUUCCGGGAUGUUUUUCUUAUGAGUCAGGCUCUGGAGGGCAUUACAUUGUCUAUGAUUAUUGAAGCACCGAAUGAUGAAGAGGUUGCGUUACUCUCGGAGAUGUUUAGGCUCUGUCUUACUGGAGGGAAAGAAGUUCACAAUGCUAUUGUGAGCAGCAUACAGGACUUGGCUAAAGCUUUUUCUAGCUACAACGAUGAAGUAUUGGUAAAGCGAGAGGAAUUGCUUCAAUUUGCACAAGGUGCAAUUACAGGAUUGAAGAUAAAUGCUGAUCUCAGAAGAAUAGAUGAUGAGGCCUCUAAAUUAAAGAAGAAGCUUGGUGAAAGGACGCCACUGAUGACGUCUCCAUCAACUGAAGGUCAUGACAAAGCAUCGGAAGAAACAAAAUUAGAAAGCGUAGAGGCAUUAAAAAAAGCACUUGCACAAAUUCGAGCUUGUUCCAGAUUAGAAGGGCUUUUACAGAAGAAGAAACUCUUGAACAAUGGAGAUACUUCAGAGAUCCAUGCUCAAAAAGUUGACAAAUUGAAGGUUUUAUCAGAAUCUCUUGCUAGCUCUUCGGUAAAAGCUGAAAAUCGUAUUUCAGAUAACAGAAUCCAAAAAGAGGAAGCUCUAAAAGUUCGUGUGACCAAGGCAAGUGAAGUUGGUGAAAGAGAGAAGGAAAUAGAAGCUGAGGUUGCAGAGCUUGAAAGACAAAGGGACGAUCUUGAGGCUCAAUUGAAAAAGGUUAAUAUCUCAUUGGCUGCCGCUAAUUCUCGCCUUCACAAUACCAGGGAAGAGAGGGACCAAUUUGAGGAAGCUAAUACCAAGAUUGUUGCUCACUUGGAAACAAAGGAAGAUGAACUAUCAAAAUCCAUUGCCUCAUGUAAGGUUGAGGCAGAUGUUCUACAGACAUGGAUUAAUUUUUUGGAAGAUACUUGGGUACUCCAGCGUUCCUAUGCAGAAAUCAAGGAGAAGCAGGUCAACGAUGAAUUGGAGAAACAUGAGGACUAUUUUGUGAACUUUGCCAUUGAUCUUCUCUCUGCCUACAAGAAAGAGUUGGGCCCUUCUAUCAGCCGUAUAGGAAAAUUUGUGGAGAAUCUUAAGAAUUUGAGCAAAAAGUCAGGAGUUGUAUCUAAUGCAGAGAAUGAGGAAGCUAAAGUAUUAAAUCCAUUAAGAAGUCUUGAGGAGGAAUAUUUGGACCAUGAAACCAAGAUUAUUACCACCUUCAGUGUAGUUGAUAACAUGAAAGCGCACUUUUAUUCAGAACAGGCUAAAGCUUCCAGGAAAGAAGAUCCAAAAGUUAAGGAGCUGUUUGAUGAUAUUGAAAAAUUAAGAGCGCAAUUUGAAACUGUUGAGAGACCAAUAUUACAAAUAGAGACUCCAGUUCCCCAAGCCGAAACUCCAUCUGGUGACAAGUUUCAGAGCGCUCCCUCUGCUGAGGCAGCAGACGGCUCAGCUUCGCAGAAAGCUGAGACAACGAAGCAUUCGGAGUCGGGUGCAGUCAAGGUAGAGCAAGUGCACGACCCUGAAGAUGACCUAGCAAAGCUCGAAUCAGAGUUUGGCAAGGUUGGUCAAGACUACUCAACAGAGGAGGUCGGUGAGUGGGAAUUUGACGAGCUUGAGAGGGAAUUACAAUCUGGUGAUUCAUCAACUACCAAAUAGACAUAUAAUUAUGUCGGAUAGGUGGCUGUCUAUUUAAAUUUUAAUAGAUAUCCUCUGUAUAAAGUAUGAUCAAAUCUGUCCCUGACCACCCAAAGGCGUUGCAUACUUUCUUAGUAACUACUUUGUAUCAACCUUUACUGAUUUGUUAAUUCUUCGUUGAAUUCUCAAACCCGUAUGUUGUAAUGUCGAAUAUUUAGACAGAACGAGUGGAAUGGAAGGUGUUGGUGUUAGUUGAUA